CUGCCUCAGUCCCACCAAUGUCAAGUUUGUUAUUGUUUGCCCCCCUCACUGCAUUGUGCGCCAUUCAUCAAGUUUGGACAGGAGUCGGAAGACCGCGUCUUCCAAAUGGACAACGAGCGCGUUAAGAGACGAACGUCGCGCGUAAAAUGCACCCUGGUUUAUGUUUUUGUCCUCAUUGUUUGCUUUAUGGACCGGGCCGGCGCACAGAUCCGCUACUCCCUCCCAGAAGAGCUGGAACAUGGCGCCUUUGUGGGGAACAUAGCCGAGGACUUGGGUUUGGAUUUGGAUAAACUGUCGGCGCGCAGAUUCCGCAUCGUGUCCGGCACCAGGAGGCAGUACGUGGAGGUCAAUUUGGAAAAUGGAGUGUUGUUCGUCAACGAGAGGAUCGAUCGCGAGGAACUAUGCGAGCAGAGUUCGGGCUGUUCGUUCCACUUGCAGGUGGUCAUCGAGAACCCCUUGGAGCUGUACAGAGUGGAGGUGGACAUCGUGGACGUGAACGACAACUCUCCGAGCUUCCCGUGGACCGAGUUUAAUUUGGACGUUUCGGAAUCGGCUGCGCCGGGGUCCCGCUUCCCGCUGGAAAGCGCGCAGGAUUUGGACGUGGGUUCCAAUGCGCUGCGCACCUAUUUGCUGAGCGUUAAUGAGCAUUUCACUCUGGACAUCCAGACGCGAAGUGACGGCAGCAAAUUUGCCGAACUGGUCCUGCAGAGUCCUUUGGACCGGGAGCAGCAGAGCGCGCACCAGAUGGUCCUGACAGCCGUGGACGGAGGCUCCCCGGAGAAGUCCGGCACGGCGCAGAUCGACGUCACCGUCUUGGACGCGAACGACAACGCGCCCGUGUUCGACCAGUCCUUCUACCGGGUGAGACUGGCCGAAAACGCCCCCAAGGGCGCAGUCGUCAUCAAACUGAACGCGUCCGACGUGGACGAGGGCACCAACGCCGACAUCACCUACUCCUUCAGCGGACACGCGCCCGUCAAAGUGCGCCAGCUUUUCAGCGUGGACGCGCGCACGGGGGACAUCAAAGUGAAGGGAGUGAUUGAUUAUGAAAAAGCCAGGAUGCAUGAAAUCUACAUCCAGGCCAAGGACAAAGGUCCUUCCGCUGUCGCGGUGCACUGCAAGGUGCUGGUGAACGUCUUGGAUCGGAACGACAACCUGCCAGAGGUCAUUCUGACGUCGGUGUCUACACCUGUGCACGAGGACGCGCCCCCCGGCACCGUCAUCGCCGUCAUCAGCGUCACGGACAAGGACUCCGGGGAAAACGGUAACGUGGAUUGUGAAAUCCCAAAUCUGGUCCCGUUCCAGCUGCACUCCUCUUUUAAAAACUACUACACGCUGGUGACCAGUGAUUUUCUGGACAGGGAGACAGUGACAGAGUACAACAUCACACUCACUGCCAGAGACAUGGGCUUUCCGCCUUUAUUUACUAGAAAAAACAUUCUGGUGCAGGUGUCAGACGUGAAUGAUAACACACCGUUAUUCAAGCAGCCUUCCUACACCGUCUAUUUAACUGAGAACAAUGCACCGGGGGCGUCUAUUUGCUCAGUCAUAGCCCAGGACCCAGAUUUCGGCCAAAAUGCAUACCUGUCUUAUUCCAUACUAGACGACGACAUUCAAGGAAUGCCUGUCUCCACAUAUGUCUCCAUCAAUUCCGACAACGGGAACAUCUACGCGCUCAGAUCGUUCGACCACGAACAGCUAAAAAACUUUCAAAUCACAGUCCGAGCUCAAGAUGCGGGAUUCCCGCCUUUAAACAGCAACGUUUCGGUGACUAUAUUCAUUUUGGAUCAAAACGACAAUGCACCUGUCAUCGUGUCGCCCCGCCCUCAAAAUGGCACACCUCCGCUCGAGGCGGUGCCGAGGUCCGCGGACGCCGGCUACUUGAUCAGCAGAAUAAGCGCAGUGGAUGCAGACGGAGGUCAGAACUCGCGACUUAUGUACCAAUUACUCCAAGCGACCGACCCCAGCUUGUUCAGCGUGGCGUUGUACACGGGGGAAAUCAGGACAAUACGGCAGUUGGUAGAGAAAGACCCCACAAGGCACAGAUUGGUCAUACUGGUGAAGGACAAUGGCCAACCGCCGCUCUCGGCCACAGUUUCCAUCAUCCUGUCAGUGGUUGACAGCCUGCCAGAAUCCCAGCCCGAUUCCAGCGACCUGUCACCGAGCCCCCAUCACAGCUCCAACUUUAGCCUCUACUUAAUCGUGUCUCUGGGCGCCAUCUCCUUCACGUUCCUCGUGGCUAUCAUCGCCCUCGUUACAGUGAGAAGGCUGAAGGACAGAGCGUCCAACAUAGAUUCCGACUUCCCCUCCGCCGAGGCGUGCUGCUGCUGCUGCACUCGCUCGGCGUCGGCCAGCAGCGCAGACAUCUUCAAAAAGACAAAUUUGAACCUCAGGAUGAGCGCCGACGCCCCCGGCUGCACGGAGACGAACGGCGGCGGAGCGCUGCAGCAAGCGUACUGCUAUAAAAUGUGUCUGACGCCAGAGUCGUCCAAAAGUGACUUUAUGUUCCUCAAGCCCUGCAGCCCGGUGUUGACGGUGCGGCAAAAUAACGCCAAGAGCACGGACUAUCUGGCUUCUGGCUGGAGUGCGCUGGACCGGAAUGAGCUGACCAACAAUAGAUCGUCAACCCCGAAAGAGCUUAAAUAUUCCAGCAAGGACUGGACCUCCGCCAAAAAUCAACGCAAUUCAGCAUACAAGAGGUACAGUUCAGGAAAUAUGGAGGGAACACUGUCACGUCCACAGCAAUACGACGCCGAUGCCUACUUCUGCUCUGUGGCACCACAAUACUGGACCUGGGGAAACCGUAUGAGUGAGUGCAAGAUGUCUCUUCGAGAAGAAACAAAUCCGGACUUUGUGUGGACUCCAGAGUACGCCCAGUCUCAGUCUGAGGCGCCUGCAGACUACCAGCACAACGUCUAUAUUCCCGGCGCCACUUCUGGUUACAGCACACUGAAGCUUGCGCCGAGAGGUGACUUGGAUGUCUAUAACACCUUUUCUACUUUUGGGAAGAAAAAUAAAUUCAUCUCGAACUAUGAACAGUCUUUCGACAACGACGAUGGGCUCAUCAGCAAUGCUAUUUUCAAAUGAGGCACCAAACCAUUCUGGUGCAUGAUGUGCAACAUUUAUAAUUAAAGUCUCCUUUCGCCGUCAAAUGUUUUGAAAUUACGCUAAUUAUGGGUUUGUGUUGCGGGUGUAAAGGUACACCAUAAUCACGGUUCAGUACGUCCCUCGGUUUUAAGGUCACAGUUCGGUUCACAACAUAACACCCAGAAAAAAAUGAAGAAUGUUUGGGAGUCACGUUGAUACAUUUUGUACAUUAAAGAUGGGAAAACUAUUCCAAUGUACAUCAAUAUAUGCCAAGCUAUUUAAACAAAACAUCUUACACAAACAUAUUUGUGUUGUACGUAACAAAGCAAAUUAGAGUAAACUCUAAUCUUUAAGGGGAACUAUGAUGAAUUCCGUUUUUUCUGACUCAUAAAUUGUGUCACAAUCAUAAGGGUCAUGCAUUUGUGUGUGCAGCUUGCGCACAUGUUCGCAUACCUCUGAAUGCCAUGUUUUGCAAUCUUUUUUUUAACAGUGGCUACAGUAUGAGACUAUAAAAAUGGGACCCAUUACCUCCCUGCUUGGCACUCAGCAUCAAGGGUUGGAAUUGGGGGUUAAAUCACCAAAAUGAUUCCCGGGCGUGGCCACCGCUGCUGCUCACUGCUCCCCUCACCUCCCAGGGGGUGAUCAAGGGUGAUGGGUCAAAUGCAGAGGAUAAUUUCACCACACCUAGUGUGUGGGUGACUAUCAUUGGUACUUUAACGUUUAAAUUUAACAUCACAGUGAAGUGGAUGUACUUAUAUGGACAUUAAGUAUAAGCAUGCAGAGAAACAAAGCAGUUAUUUUAAUGCAGCUGUACCCAUCUGAUGGUGGGCAGGUGUAACUGAUGUCGCGACCGGGUGAAUCCAUAUAAUAAGUUUAUUCUUGACCGUGUCUGAAAAAAAAUAAUAGCGGGGACGUUUUUUACAUUCUGAUAUUUCUGGAGGGGAUUUCAAUCGCAAUCUAAAGGGAACACCUUCAGACAUUUUCAUAGGUUAUAAAUGGGACUGUGGAGCAAAAAUGUACAUAAAGUUUACACCAAAGCAUAUCCAGUAAAGAUUAUCCAGAUCACAAGGGAGUAUUUUAAAUGUAAAUUAAAAUCAUAGGUCGCUUUAUCUUUAAUAACAGAUUUUAUUUUCAGAAUAAAUCUCGGGACAAUAGAAAUCAACCUGUGGGUACUAUGUAAACACUUCUGAUUUACAGCAUUCCUCUUAAGAAAGUAAGAGUUUAAUACCUCCUAAAUAUUAUUUUAUUUGUAGUAAAUACAAAGUCUGUUAUUGGCUGAAGUGCAGCAUUAAUAGUUCUAGCUUGUAACCCCGUUCUCCAUCUCCGCUGAACAAUGUCAAAACACUGUUUUCCUCUUAUCUACUUGUAUUCAUCUGUUUAUGUAUUCCACCCGGGGGGAAAGUCUAAAAACACAGCAUAUUUGAACCUAUUAAGAUAGGAGUUCACAAGUUGCAUUUUCACUGUUACUUUUCACCUCACAAUGAAAUAAUAUAAUUUAGAAUAAUGGACUUCAGCAGUUUGUGAUGGUCCUCUUGUUGUCUUUAGGUUUGUCAAAAAUGCUUAAUUAGAAGCAAUUGUUAAAAGAUACAUGAUAGGGUUGCACGAUUAAUCAACAUCGAACCGACAUUGUGGCUUUAAUUAGUACGAUAAACAAAACGCAAGAUGUCAUUUGAGUGACACCCGUGGGCAAUAUGAGUCCAUCAAAAUGGACGAUGACAACAACAACAUAAAAGACAACCCCACCUAUGUUUUCCAAUCGGGAAAACAAAUGCACUUUAAGAUGUUCAAUAUUUUUUUAAGUAAAAUUACAGAAAUGAGAGUCCAUUUUAGUUUUUUUGUUUAUUUAUUUAGAAUAACAAAGUUUUUGACCUUCCAAUUACAGUUAAAUGGUAAACGGUUCCACAGUAAUGAGGAAUAAAAGUGUAUAUUAUUUCAAAUGGGUACUUGCAUUAUUAUGAUUACAUUACAUUCUGAAAACUGCAUAGUUUUUAUCGGUUAUUUAUUCAGUUUAAGAGCAUGAUGUAGACAAACUCUUUUUGAAAGUAAAUUAUUGCAUAUUGUACUAAUGUGGGUCACCUUGAGACAAGAAUAUGUUGAUUGACAGUCCAAAAGUAACAUGUCUCUCUUCACUCGUUAUUUUCGCAGUUUUAUGCAUUUACAUGUAUAAAAUAUAAAAAUCGCUAAUCGAAUCUCAAUUGCAAUUUUGGAGAGAAAAAUCGCAAUUAGGUUUUAUCUCAAAAUCGUGCAGCCCUAAUAGAUGAUAAUUUAUCUGUUGUAUGCAUUCGAGAUUGAUGUGACCUGUUCUUACCCAUGUUUCAUCUGUUACAGUAGCCAACACUCCUAGAACCGCUUUGUAUAAAGUUUGUGUACAGUAUAUAUUAUAUAAAUAAAAAUUCACCUUUGACCCUAUUUGU